GUAAUCGCACCGUAAGCUGAUCUAACAACAUCGACGAUCCGUCGUGUAGGGAGCUCUACGUGCACUGACAGCGAUGGGUUACCCCCUUGCACUUCAUGCGCAAUCAUGGAAACAGGGCUUGGCAACUUCCAAGGCGUUUGGACCUGUAACAAUAAACCGCGGAAGUAUGGUGAUAGGUGUCUCAUGUAUCCAUCUGCGGAACCGUUUCGCGCCGUACCUGAAGGCAAUCUUUGUUGCCUUCCACGAAUCUGCACGUCAGGGUGCUCUGUAUUCUUGUUGCUCCGGACAGGUGGCUGCAAGUUUAACUCGAGAGUCUCUCUUAUUUGCAGGGCUACAUGAUCAUGCGAACCUUGUGCCUGGAUUUCUCCAAGGCGGAGAGCAGCAUUGCCAACAUGAUGCGAAGCAACACGAACGCCACAACGCAAACGUACCUGAUUGGUCCGCGUCUGCUCGUCUCCCCAGUCACGCUUCACAACGUCAUGGAUUGGAAAGCCUAAAUGUCAGGCAAGAGGGCGAAGGAUGGAGAGAACCCGUGGACAUACUAGUUAGCCGGGACAAACGAGACGUACGCUGGCGGAGAGACUGUGGGCAUCAUAGCUCUCCUAGAACACAUCCCACUUUUCUAUCUGGCCCCCACGAAGACAUUUUCU